AUGAGCCCAAAUACGUUGGCUCCUAAUGACAUCCUCACGUAUGACAAUUACUUCAUGUGGGAAUUUAAUGCACGCAUGACACUCGCGCGCAAGGAUCUUUUGGAUCACGUUUUGAUUAAGCAAGAGCCGGCAGUGCUGCGGGAGAAUCCCGGAUGGAAAGUCGCCGAUAUGAAGGCUCUGGCUGUACUGGUGAAGCUACUCUCUCCAACCUAUCAGUGCAUGGCUCGGGAAUGUGAGUCUGCGUUUGAAGCUUGGGAGGUUCUAAAGACGUACUUUGCGAAGAAAAAUCUUCACAACCGAGUGCAACUUCGGAAAGAAUUACAUGAAUUUGUGAUGGAGACUGGUGCGAGUCUUAUGGACCAUCUACUAAAAUUUGAUGAGCUGUGUCUCAAGCUCGGAGCUGCCGGUGACAGCAUGGAUGAUGAUGAAAAGAUAGUUUUGCUUUUGGGAAGUUUAUCAUCCGAAUAUGAUGAUAUGGCGCAUCAUUGA